AUGAAGGACCGACCUAGCACCCCUCUCGUAGUUAAAAGAGCGCUGUCAGGGGGCCGUGGAAAGAAAAACGUGAAAAAACGAAGACAACGAUUUUUCGAUCGGUUCAACAGGAGUGAUUCCUUCGGAGAUGACAGUAGCUCAACUCCUCGAGCGAUAUGUGUGUCGCGUUUCCACACUGAGCUUCAUGGCCGGAUAUUUGAUCGGGUAGGAAAUCGGAUCCAGUACGUCUGUCCCGUCUGCAAAGAAAAGUGGCUAGGACGAUCACAGACCGCAGAGCAAAUUAACGAAGAACUGAUCCAAGAAGGGUUUGAAGCUGCGCGCAUUCUAAUCCAGAUGGCGAGCGAUGGUCUCAUCUCAAUCUCGGAUCUCCCCAAGUCCCCAAACAAGGAACCUCUCGAGAGUGAUUUGGACCAAACCGUCUCACUUUCGGAGGAAGAAGAUCUUCCCAAAGCUAAAAGAUAUACUGCAGAUGCGUAUUCUAAUAGUCAUGAUGUCGGCUAUCAGCAUCAGCAUCAGGAGCAUAAGCUUGACGGGUCCGAUGACGAUGUGGAAGAAAGGAAAAACAGAAAUUCAAAUGCAAGUCCAAACCUUCCACCCGACAUGUUUGCGAUGAUCCUCGAGAAAGUAAUAAAUAAGGAACCUAAGUGCGCGUUGGAUCUCUUGGUACCCGAUUGGAAUGCUUGUAAGCGAGAACAUCGUACUCUAGAAAGAUCGCUACAACUAACAAGAGUUGUUACUUAUACGCGAGGAAUUGGUUAUCAAGCUAGUCACUUCACGGCGAAUUUCGACCACGGAGAAGAUCACAUUUUCCUCCCCAUGAAAACCCUCGACGAUCGUGUCCUUACACUCAAUAAAUGGUGCUACGACGAAACGGUCAGGAUAUUCUUCCAGGAGGGUACACAGGUCUUCCGAAUGGCAAUAGAUACCCUUCCGGAUGAUAUCGCCGAACAAAGUUUCCUAACGCAUGUUCAAGAUACUUACCCCAUACGCGGACAAGUACUACGACGAUUUCUCCCCUUCGACGACGACCUACCUACCGUUGCAAACCGGAAGACGCCAUUCGGUAAAUCUCACGUCUUUAAGCUCCUCCGACAUUUAGUAGUUCACUCACCCUUAGCAUUAAUGGAUGUAAGUGCCCGUAGCAUGGUUGAUCCCGAGACGGAAAUCAGCGACGACAAUCUUGAGGCUCUCGAUAUGGCCAUAGACCUUGAUCGCGCCACGCCCAUAUGGCUAUCUUGGUCGAAGAUGCCGCAACUUGAGAGCGUGCUCCUAGACCUGCGCAUCUACAGCCACGACUUAAACACGGAACGCGGAUGUAUCGGUAAGUCUGAAAUCAUCAAACGUGCGCAAGAAAUGGGCCGCUGGCUGAAGUUGAAGCUACUCGUCAUCGCAGGCUUGCAAAGCUAUGGUUUUGCGACAAGUUACGACUCUUAUACAGCCGAACGUAUCGAGAGCGAGGAUGAGAUAAACGGUGAGCCUAAUUGGAUCAAGAUAUUCAUGCCUGCUAUACAACCCGGGGGUAGGAUUAUCCUCGUUGACCGGUUGGCGGACGAUUUAUCAUCUUUAUUCUAG